CUCUGACGAUGGGAUCUGUAACAGUGUCGCGAAUUUCGAAAACGAUCCAAGUGGCACAUUAACUGCAAGGAUACUCUGGUACCGUCGUUGCACGAGGUACGAGGCACAAAUUAACGAAUCGGACAAUGUACCCUUUAAUAAAAAGAACCGGACGAUAAUUGAUCAUCGAGGAACACUCGAGAGACGAGAGAGAAAGAGAGAGAAAGAGACAGAGCAUAUAACUUACGUCGGAAUAGAGUCCCAAGAUAGGGGAGAUAGUUACCAGUGCGUCGAAAAGUGUGUCCAAAGUGUUCUCGAGGAGUAACCCGUGGUUGGACGUUUGGCAGGCAAGCGUUCUCGGUCUGGUGAGGCAGCCGGGACCGGGGCGGGUGCAGGCAUGCGGCGGACCUGAUUCGAUCGAGCUACCUGGAGUCCUCGCGUGUUGCAGAAGUGGCCAGUCCAUCAGCCAGGCGUACGAUAAUCGUACGAUGAUGCCGCUCGCGCCGACGCCAAUCGUACCGGUGCCCUCGAAGCCGAAGAUCGGCUUCAGCAUCGACUCGAUCGUCGGCGGUGGUGGACAGGGCCGCGAGGAUCGUCUGGACCGACUGGAACGAGUCGAGAUCGAGAGAGACGAUGGUAGCCCGAUGGACGUUGUCGAAGGUUCGUCCUCGCCUCGAAAUCGUCGCGUCACCACGAGAUCCCCCGGCGCUCACUCCGAAGGUUCCGAUCGGCCCGUGUCACGUAGUUCCUCCGUCGAGUCGUAUCCCAAUUCUCGGAGGACGCCGUCGCAUCCUGGCAGCCACCAUCAUCAUCAUCAUCACGGGAACCACCACGGCCAUCAUCAUCAUUUGUCCGCCGCGACUCACUUAGAUUUUGGUAGAACAACGGUCCACAAUCAUAGCGGGGGUUCGACGCCCAACAACAGCCCCAGCCCACCUCACAGGAUAUCUCACGGUGACUCUCCCGUCGGCACGCACCCUCAGCCACCACCAGGAGUCGUCAGACCGAGUCCCAAUUACCUCACGGCACCGGCUGGCACGGCAACCGCGGCAGCGGUUGCUGCUGAGCAAUUGAAAUCUCUGUACGGGCUGCCAGGACACGGCCCAACGGGGCCGCAAACCGGGCAGAACGAGUACCACACGCAACAGCAGUUGGCGUUGGCUGCGAAUUUGGCCGCUGCGCAGCAUUUUCAAGCGGCGAAUCUCGCGGUUGCCCUUCAGGCGCAUCAUGGCGCGUCGCCCCAUGGACCACCGCACGGCCCUUAUCCCCAUGGUGGCGCGCCCGGUGGACCUCAUCCACCGCCGCAUCCUCAUCAACCACCCAGGGACAGCUAUCCGCUCUAUCCUUGGCUGUUAUCCAGGCACGGAAGGAUCUUCCCUCACAGAUUUCCUGGAGGGCCGGAUAUACCAGGAUUUCUUCUACAACCGUUUAGGAAGCCGAAGAGAAUAAGGACGGCCUUCAGUCCCAGCCAGUUGCUCAAGCUGGAGCACGCGUUCGAGAAAAAUCACUACGUGGUCGGUGCGGAGAGGAAGCAGCUGGCGCAGGCGCUCUCGUUGACGGAAACGCAGGUGAAGGUCUGGUUCCAGAACCGACGGACGAAGCACAAGCGAAUGCAGCAAGAGGAGGAGGCGAAGGCGCAGCAGCAGUCCGGGGGCGGCGGCGGUGGAGGCGGCGGCGGCGGUGGCGGAGGUGGCAAUGCGAACAACAAUUCCAACAAUAAGAACACUCAUCACGUGAGCAAAUGGCAACAGGAGACCGGUGAUUAUCAUCACGAGGAGGAGGAGGAAGAGGAGCACAUCGAUCCGGAGGCGGAGGAGUGCUCCAGCGGCUCGGAGGCGUAGCUAGACGUUCUCUGCCUGGAUUAAGGUGCCAGGAAUUGCGUACGAAAUUUUCAACGCACGUGUUAAACCGUGAUUUCGAGUGGCGACGAGAACGACGGUGAAUCGAAACGUUGGAAUUUCUGAGGUUCCAAGUCCGUUUUGGAUCAGGUGAACGGUGAGAGAAGGCUUGAUACGUUGAGGCGAUUCACCGAGGGACAGAGUGACUAGAGAGGAAUUAUUGAGGCGAGAGUUUUGUCGCGAGUCAUCCAAAGAUCGUUGUGAAGUGCGGAGAAAUUUCCAGUUUGGAGAAAUUGGGACGAUGACGGUCGGUUCCGUGGGAGGAACUGCCGACGAGAUUGCAAAGGACGAUGAAGCAAGUGGUGCGCGAAAGAUGAGAGGCGAGACGUUUUAUCAUCGAGUUGCGCGUGCGACGACAGUUUUUCGAGAGUAACGCGUCACGGAAGGAGAUACUAUCCUUGAGGAGACGGAAUUAUCAAAAAUUCCAUAGAAUAUAAACAGAAGCAGAAGAAAACAGGCGAGGAGAGUGACUGAGGCUAGGAACGAAGGGAUCGCACGUCCAAAACGAAUGCCCAAAGAUUCGCAACAGCGAACUGAAAAACGGGACAAGACGACGUGAAAAAAGGCAAAGGACACGAUUAAAUUCACACGUCGCUAAGAACGUCGUGAUCGUAGAGUCGUGACAAAAGCUAUACCCGUAGACGAUGGAAGACUACGGAUCUCCCUGCUGGCAAGACUGACGUAGCUACCCAGUGUACUCCCGUGUUCUCGCGUCGAAGAACGCUUUUCUCGACGAAAGAAACUCGGCUGGCCAAGAGCUCGGCGGAGCUUUGCUCUUCCGUGGAGGAUCGUUGGAAUUGCACGAUGAUAUUGGCUUUCGAACGCCACUCACUCGUUCCACGGAAGCUGGAUAAUGGAGGCAUUGUUUCCUCGGGACUUUGGUCGAGGUCCCAAAUGGAUUGAUUUCCGGCGGAAACGUCUGAGAGAACACGCUCGAUCCUUCGAACUUCUCUCUUCCCCCCUCCUGUUCUCUCGAUGGAACCGCGCGGCGGCGAUAUCAAUUUUCGUCGCCCCUGCUUUUCUGGACGUUUGUUUUCGUACACCGUGGUUCCUCGAUCGAUCGAUUCGCGCGAAAAUGAAACGGAGUUCCUCUGGAGCAUUCGAUCGGCGAGAAGGGGGAUUUUGGAUUUUCAUUUGGAGUCCUAAACAGACAGAUCGUCGCGUUCGCGCGCAUCUUGCCAUAGAUCGACCGACGGCGAAUCAGCCAGCUCUCGUGUAUGUACAUAAAUAAAGAUAAAUAUCGAGAAGAAUCGUAGACUGCGAUCCGUGGCGGAUCGAACGGAUCCUCGGCGUCUCGCGUUAGAAAAAAGAAUAACGACCGGUGGGUCGGUCUUUUAUUCGAGACGGGAGAACGCGUGUCUGUAUGUAUGCGUGCGUUAGUGAAUGUGUCUCUGUAAUAAGCGUGUGCGCAUGUGUCUGUAAAUAAUUCGUUCAGUGAAAAGCACGUUCGGAUCGCUUUCCCAGGAAAACGAUCGGUAAUGGACGAGACGGAAGAUAGAGAGAGUUACGGAAACAAAGGGAGAACGAGUGCUUGUUAACUCUUUAAGGACCAACACGUCGUGUUCAUGCAACAUUUGGCCAAUUUUGUUCGUACAAAUGUAAAUUUGUUGUGGAAAAAGUAGUGUAACUGGUGUCUAUUGAUUUCUGUCGGUGGUCCUUCGUUCGUGUAAUAGAAGGUUUUUGCAAAUUUCCUUCUCGACACGUUGUUGUUGUUGUUGGAAAAUUAAUAACGUCACGCUUUGUGAAUUUUCAACUUCUUAACAGGUGCCACAUAUUUAAGGAAAAAGAAGAAAAGAAAAUCAGUAGAUCUUCAAACAAAUUACCGUAUAAAUCGUAUAAUUGAUUUUACAAGUUUUCUUGUGACAAACGCUUGAUAUUUAUUUUCGACGACAUUUUCUCCUUUUACACAGAUCUUUCGAUCUCUAACGAAAUUUGAAAGUAUUCAAGUAUCUAUUAAUGUGAUCAACUGAUAACUAUCUUUUUUUAUUUUUUCAACAGAGAGGAACCUUUCUCGUAUGUUACAAAAUCACGUUGCAUUUACGCGAAUUUUAAUUUUUUACACUGUUUGGUAUUUAACGGGUUAACAUCGCGCGAACACGGGCCUGCACAUACGAAACACGUUAAAACGCAUUUAUUACCUUCUGUGUAAUAAUAUAUCUUUCUUUCAUAAAAAAACACCUCAGUUGCAGUCUAACGUCAUUGCAGUUUUCCACUUGCAAUUGAAGUAGAUUGUUAGAAAUACAAUUAAAAAUUGUUCCUUAAAUCGACGUAAGAGCUUGAAGAUAAAAAGAAAUUUGAAAAUCGAGGCAGGAUCCUUUGCAUAAUUGACAUAGUCAGUGAAACAGAUUGAUUUGCAACCAACCACUUACAUCGACGUGUGCAUCGUAACAUAUUUCAGUACGUGUAAGCCGUGUAAAGAAGAAACGGGAGAAAAUGAAGGAAAAAAAAAAAAAAAAUGAGAGUGCCAAACUUCGUAUCCUUUUUAGAUGAGUGAAGAAUCCAGUGUAAACUCGAACUUGUAACUUGCGAAUUGUAUUUAAACGUCGUUGUCCCACGAGCGACCAGUAUUUCCCUUUAUCGAAUCGAUGUCCGAGAUGUACUGACGAUUUAAAUUAUUAUAUCGAUUAUAUUUCACGGGACAGUCGAGCGUGAUAGUCU